AUGUUGCCGCCAUUCUUUGCUGUUCUCGGGGCGUGCGAACGCUUCUGCGCGCCCAAGACUAAUCCGUGGGACACGAAGUGCGAGUGGGACAAAUGCGCCCCGUGGGGCUGCUGGCAGAUGGACGGCGCACUGCACUACACGAUGCCCUUCUCGUCACCACCGUUGCUGCUGCAGCCGCCUCCUCCCUCUGAUGGCUUUACAACCUCACCAGCGGUCAGCAACAGCCGCGCCACGCGCGGCCACGCGCACCUCACGAGCCCACCGCCGCACUCGCAGCACGGCGGCGUGGUGAGCCUCGCAAACGACGUCGAGGGGGCAAAGCUGGCUUUCGCCGGGUGUGCCUCAGCGGCCGCGGGCGAGCAGGGCAUGUGCGCGCCACGCGCCGCCGCUCCAGCCGGAUCGUACGAGCCUCCCUCCCGCGGCUCGUUGCAGGAGAGCGGGUCGAUCCGAUGA